AGCACAGACACAAGUUGCUAUUCAGAUCUGUAAGCAGCCAACGCAGUUAGCAAAAGCUGUGUCUGCACGUAGCCAAAGCCACCAUGGUGAACAUCACCGUGGCAAGGAUAUCCCAGUCCUUCGUCGUGCCGUCGUCCGAGCCGGCGUCGUCGGCCGAGACGCUCGAGCUGUCGGCGAUCGACCGCGUGCCGGGCCUUCGCCACACGGUGCGGUCGCUGCACGUGUUCCGCAACAAGGACUCCACCACCCGCCGGGACGAUGCUGCCAGGCCGGCGGAGGUGAUCCGUGCGGCGUUGUCCCGGGCGCUGGUGGAUUACCGCCCGUUCGCCGGCCGCUUCGUCGGCUCGGUGGUGGCAGGGGAGGCCUGCAUCGAGUGCACCGACGAUGGCGCGUGGUUCGUGGAGGCCAUCGUCGACUGCAGCCUCGAGGACGUGAACGGCCUCGAUUACCCGCUCAUGGUCUCCGAGGAAGAGCUGCUGCCCGCUCCAGAGGAAGGCGUUGACCCUACAAGUAUCCCGAUCAUGAUGCAGGUGACAGAAUUUGCUUGUGGAGGAUUUGUGGUCGGGCUGGUAGCAGUCCACACCCUUGCUGAUGGGCUCGGCGCAGCCCAAUUCAUCAACACAAUUUCUGAGUUUGCUCGUGGAAUGGAAAAGCCUACAGUAGCACCCAUAUGGGGUCGGGCUUUAAUACCGAACCCACCUAAACUGCUUCCUGGGACACCACCGUCCUUCAAGUCCUUUGGGUUCCAACACUUCACUGUGGAUGUGACGUCUGACCGCAUUGCCUAUGUUAAGGCCCAGUAUUAUCAGGCCACUGGACAGUACUGUUCCACCUUUGAUGUUGCCAUUGCCAAGGUUUGGCAAGCAAGAACCAAGGCAAUGAAGUACAACUUGGAGUCUGAAGUUCAUGUUUGCUUCUUUGCCAACACCCGCCACCUCCUCACUCAGGUGCUACCUAAGAAUAGGGGCUUCUAUGGUAAUUGCUUCUAUCCAGUUUCUGUGACGGCUACUGCUGAGGAUGUUACCACUGCUGGAUUGCUUGAUGUGAUUAGGAUGAUACGGAAUGGGAAGGCUAGGCUUCCCCUAGAGUUUUCCAAAUGGGCAGCAGGGGAUGUGAAUGUAGAUCCAUACCAAUUGACAUUUGAGCACAAUGUGUUGUUUGUGUCUGAUUGGACGAGACUUGGGUUCUUUGAGGUUGACUAUGGGUGGGGUGCACCAAACCAUAUCGUACCAUUCACUUAUGCAGACUACAUGGCAGUGGCGGUUCUUGGGGCUCCACCUUCACCGAAGAAGGGAACUCGAAUUAUGACACAGUGUGUGGAGGAGAAGCAUCUCAUGGACUUCAAGGAUGAGAUGAAGGCCUUCUUUUAGGGGCUUGUCUUAUAUCUUUAAGGUGCUAUGUGUUUCUAUGUAUGAUGGUUUGGAAUAAAAUUGUUGUUGACCAGUAGCCUAAUUGGUCAUAAGAAAUGUAACAUUAUUCUCUACGGAGUUAAGCCAUGAUUUAUAUAUAUCUACAAACCUACCACCUUUGGAAAACAA